AUGGCCGAAUCCAAAUCAAGCACCGAAAGCGAAAUCCCCGGCUUGAGAGCCGAUGCUCACGCAACAUCUUUCGAUCAUGUCACCUCUCUCGAGCAAUUCGGCCGCAAGUGGUAUGCUUCUGGCGUUGAGGCUGGAAAGGAGAAACAGCUCGAAAAACAGGAGAAUCUACUCGAAGAAAAGGAGAGUCUACUACAAGAAAAGGGUAUGGAAAUUGAAAGGAAUGAGAAGGAAAUUCAGAUUCUCAAAACAGCUGCCGUGUUCGGACGAGACACUCUGACAUACGCCGCUAAUGCUAUGUGUUCAAUCCGCACCGCAAGUCAGAAUUUGAAUUCGCGCCUUACUGUCGACGAACGCGAGUAUAUUCAACGUGUCGCGAAGGAGAUUUCAUCCCGCAGAGAUGAAUGCACUACCAGGAUUGACAGCGCUGCCCAAGAGUCCAAGAAGCGAUCCCACGAGACCCAAGCAUCCGAUGGUAGCAUCAGCAGCAAGCACAGCAAGAACCACUGA